AUGUUACGUAGAUCGCUGUUUAACAGCAGAUUAUGCAGUAGGAGGCUGCUAUCCACCUCAAUAAGAGUAUCUCAAGACACGCUCAAACAACCCCCAGCGCCGUUCGAUGCUUUCUCUACAACUGGCUUGGAUCACGCUUUCUUAGAAUCUGCGUACGGCGAGUGGAGAAAGGAUAACAACUCGGUGCACCCUUCUUUUGCUACCUACUUUGAAGCACUCGAGAACGGUGUAGAUCCAGCUGAGGCUUUUGUACCACCACCAAAAUUGGCAGGUGCUUUGGCUGACUCUGCUGCAUCUCCAAAGCACACAGAUUUGGGCGAUCACUUGAAGGCACAACUCCUCGUUCGUGCGUAUCAAGUUCGUGGUCACCACUUGGCCAGCUUGGAUCCACUCAACCUUACACAAACUGAUGUAAACAAUAUGGUACCACCAGAACUCAAAAUCGACAGUUAUGGUUGGUCAGAACGCGAUUUAGAUCGUCAAAUUAGCUUGGGUCCAGGUAUUUUACCUCGUUUUGCUAUCGACGGACGUAACAAAAUGUCUUUGCGCGAGAUCAUCCAAACUUGUGAACAAAUUUACUGUGGUCCAAUCGGUAUACAGUACAUUCACAUUCCUGACAAGGAUCAAUGUGACUGGCUCCGUAAAAGAGUCGAAAUUCCUCACCCAUGGAGGUACAAUAUCGAAGAGAAGAGCAACAUCUUAGACAGACUUCUCUGGUCCACCUGCUGGGAGCAAUUCAUCGCUGCUAAAUUCCCUAACGAGAAGCGUUUCGGUUUGGAAGGAGCUGAAUCACUCAUUCCAGGUAUGAAGGCUCUCAUCGACAGAGCUGUUGACCACGGUACUAAGCACAUCACCAUUGGUAUGCCUCAUCGUGGUCGUCUCAACGUCCUCUCAAACGUCAUCAGAAAACCAUCAGAGGCUAUCUUCAACGAGUUCACCGGAGCAAACGAUGAUACUCAAUCUGGCGGUGGUGAUGUUAAGUAUCACUUGGGUGCUAACUACACUCGCCCAACCCCAUCAGGAAAGAAGGUCAAUUUGUCACUUGUUGCUAAUCCAUCACACUUGGAAGCUGAAAACCCAAUUGUUUUAGGUAAAACACGUGCUUUACAACAUAUCGAAGGUGAUGAAGGCAAAGGUGAUUCUUCAUUAGGUUUGCUUCUCCAUGGUGAUGGUGCCUUCGCUGCACAAGGUAUCGUUUACGAGACACUCGGUAUGGUCAACUUGCCAAACUACGGUACUGGUGGUACAAUCCACGUUGUCGUAAACAACCAAGUUGCCUUCACUACUGACCCAGAAGACUCACGUUCAACUGCUUACCCAACUGACAUUGCUAAGUCAAUUGAUGCACCAAUCUUCCACUGUAACGGUGACAACGCUGAAGCAGUCACCUUCGUUUUCCAAUUGGCCGCCGACUUCAGAGCUAAAUUCAAGAAGGAUGUUGUCAUCAACUUAGUUUGUUACAGAAAGCAUGGUCAUAACGAAUCUGAUCAACCAUCAUUCACACAACCAAUCAUGUACGAAGCUAUUGCUAAGCAACCAACAGCUCUUGCUAAAUACGUUAAGCAACUUCAACAAGAGGAAGCUUUCACUGAAACUCAAAUGGAGGAGCACCGUAAGGCAGUCUGGUCUAAGCUCGAAAGUGCUUUCAAGAACGCACCAAACUACAAACCACACGGUCGUGAAUGGCUGAGUUCAUCAUGGGAAGGUUUCCCAUCACCUGAUGAUCUCGCUGCUAGAGUUCUUCCAACAGCAACAACAGGUGUGAAACAAGAGACCUUAGAAAACAUUGGUAAAGUCAUUUCAACUUUCCCAGAUGGAUUCACUCCACACAAGAAUUUGGCUAGAAUUAUCGGUAACCGUGGUAAAAUGGUCAUGGAAGGAAAGGGAAUUGACUGGUCAACUGCUGAAGCACUUGCUUUCGGUUCAUUAGCACUCGAAAAAAUCCAUGUUAGAUUAUCCGGUCAAGAUGUUGAAAGAGGUACAUUUUCUCAAAGACAUGCGAUCCUUGUUGACCAACAAAAUGAGUCAUUGUACAUGCCUUUGAACCACCUUGGUAGCAGACAAGCAGGCGUUGUCGUAUGUAACUCAUCCUUAUCUGAAUUUGGUACGCUUGGAUACGAGCUUGGUUACUCGCUCGUUUCACCGGAUAAUCUCACACUUUGGGAAGCCCAAUUCGGUGAUUUUGCAAACAACGCGCAAUGUAUCAUCGAUCAAUUCAUCGCUUCAGGUGAACGUAAAUGGCUCCAACGUAGCGGUUUGGUUAUGUCCCUUCCACAUGGAUACGACGGUCAAGGUCCAGAACACUCAAGUGGUAGAAUAGAAAGAUUCUUACAAUUGGCUGAUGACAAUCCAUUCAGUGUACCAACUGAAGAAGAAAUGGCACGUCAACACCAAGACUGUAACAUCCAAGUUGUUUACCCAACCACUCCAGCCAACUACUUCCACGUUCUUAGACGUCAAGUCCACAGAGACUUCCGUAAACCACUCAUUUUGUUCUUCAGCAAAGCGCUCCUUCGUCACCCAAUGGCUCGCUCUACUUUGGAAGAAAUGACUGGCGAAACUCAAUUCGAAAGAUACAUUCCAGAAAACAGUGAGAAGAUGGUCGAGCCAGAGAAAGUACGCAAGCAUAUCUUAUGUUCCGGACAAGUUUACCACACAUUAUACAAAGAGAGAGAGGAAAGACAAGCUUAUGACGUUGCGAUUUCAAGACUUGAACAAAUUUCACCAUUCCCAUACGACUUGAUUCAAAGUCAUUUGGACAAAUACCCUAACGCUGAGAUUACUUGGUGUCAGGAAGAGCCAUUGAAUAACGGUGCAUGGUCAUACGUUUCACAAAGAUUAUUGACAUUGGUCAAGCAAACUAAGCACCACUCUGAGCGUUGGCCUCAAUAUGUCGGUAGAGAUCCAUCUAGUAGUGUUGCAACUGGUUCAAAGGCUGUACACACCACUGAGAUUAAGAAGAUUUUGGAUGCUGCUUUCUCAAGUGAACCUGGAAACGUUAGAUUCGCUGCAUCAUGGUAA